CGCCUGGCUCUGCAGCAUCCUCCCGCAUCCCCUUGUCCUCCGUCCUGCAGCGGGCUUUCUGUCCUCUCUGCAGCCGAAAAACACGCUCUGAUCCUGGAGGAAGCACCAGUAGUGAUGUCGGCGUCCCCCGCCCUCUCGGACCUGUCCCGUCUCUACCAGACAGAGUUCGUCCGCAGUGCCAGAGCUGUGGGGGUGCUGUGGGCCGUGUGCACGCUCUGCUUUGCCAUAAUCCAGGUCGUGAUCCUGGUCCAGCCCUCAUGGGUCGGUACCGAGGCCAGUCUGCACCAGGGACGCGGACCAGAACCCCCAAGUGGCACAUUGGGACUGUUUGAGGUGUGUGUGGAUUCUGACUGGCCAGUUCCAGAGUGCAGGGGGGGCCUGUCCACCCUGUCCCCUCUUCCCUCGUUCCAGUCUGUUGCGGUGUUGGUGGGACUGUCUCUUUGGGCUGUGUGGACCAGUGUUCUGUGCCUGGUUUUGUUCAGAUUUUGCAGCGCUGCCACAGUUUAUAAGAUCUGUGCCUGGCUCCAGCUCACUGCAGGUUUUUGUCUGGCUCUGGCCUGUCUGCUUUUCCCUGACUCCUGGGAGAGUCCAGAGAUGAGAGCCCUGUGUGGAGAUCAGGUGACCAGUUUCUCCCCGGGCCGCUGCUCUGUUCACUGGGCGUACAUUCUGGCUGUCUUGGGAGUGUUGGACGCUGCCAUCUUGGCUACUUUGGCAUUUGUUUUGGCUAAUCGACAGGAUGCUCUGCUGCCCCCUGACACUAAAGACGUGACGACUGGACUCCUGAUGUCAGCCUAGAGACAAACACACGACUCCAUCAUCAUUUAGAUCCAAAAUGUCUCCUGUCUUCCAGAUACAAACCAGUGUUCAACAGAUGUGGCCUGUUCUAAAAUAGCUUUAUUUUCCAAAGCAUGGAAUUAUAUUUUAGUUUUUAUAAAUAUUACAACAAUGUCAAAGUUGGUAUCAGCAGUAUUUUAGAUAAGGUACUGUUUGUAAAUUAGGAAUAAGCUAACAUGACUACCGUCAACAGUUUCAUAUGAACCCUUUUUCUUUGUUUGAUUGACAGCUAUAAUUCAUAUGAAAACUUUCCAUUUACAUAAGUAAAACAAAUAAGGACAUCUUAUCUUCUGAUGGGCGAAGUGCACUGCCUAAGAACCUGGUGAUAUCGCACACAGAAGAAACAACUGCACCAACCAGUCUUAGAAAAAAUAAUCAUUGAUAUUGUAUUUUAAAUAAAUGUUUAAUGUACAUCAAUAUUUAUAUCAUGUAGAGUUUUUAUGUCACAUUUCCAGUAUCUGUCUACAUUUAUAUCUGUUUUGUAAUCUUACAGUUCUCCGUUUGUAGCAUGUGUCACAUAAAAUAAAACCUUUGUAUGACAG